AUGACCGAUAUGCCGAGGACUACUCGACAGACCAGAGCCAAGGCGGUCACGGCAGCCUCGGCAGCCUCGGCGAAAGCAAAAGCACUAGCCGCAACAAUCGACGCAUCCCCCGCUGCAAAUACCACCAUACCAGCACCAUCAUCAUCCGCACCUCCUUCGCCGCCGACUCUGCUCUUCCGCGACGCGGCCGCGUGGGAGUCGUGGCUUGAGGAGAACCACAAGGGCACCGAGGGCCUCGGGGUGGUGUGGCUCAAGAUCGGCAAGAAGAACUGCCCGGAACGGACCGUGACUUACGACGAGGCGGUCGAGCUGGCCCUGUGCUUUGGCUGGAUAGACGGGCAGCGCAAGGCCCUGGACGAGCACUACUUCGUCCAGCGGUUUACCCCGCGCCGCAGGAAGAGCGUCUGGUCCAAACGCAACGUCGCGCGAGUCGGGGUCCUCCAGAAGGCCGGGAGGAUGCGUCCAGCGGGCCAGGUCGAGGUCGAUGCCGCCAUUGCUGAUCGUCUCCUUCACCUGAAGAUGACAUCAAACUCGAAGCCCUUACUUGGCGAUGUACUCGUCACCGGAGGAUGCGGCUUCCUGGGCUACUACAUUGUCCGCCAGUUGCUCGAGGAUAAUGAAUGUGGUGCUGUCCAUGUGCUAGAUCGCGACACCACCCACAACCGCAUCGACGGGGUGAAUUAUGUCAAAGCUAGCAUCACCGACGAGGAAAAAGUGCGGGCGCUCGUCAUAAAUGACCUACGCCCCCGAGUUAUUUUUCACUGCGCAUCGCCCAACUUCAGCUACCCUACCCCCAGCGCAGGGAAAAACGAUCAACACUCCAGCAACGUCGGGGGCACUGAGAUACUGCUCAAGGCCGCCAAAGACAGCCCGCACACGGAGGCUUUUGUGUUCACGUCAAGCGUGGAUAUGUACUCGGGCGCACCGCACCACAACGCCGACGAAACCCAGCCCACCUGGCAGGAUGACGAUUGGAGCCCUGGCAUGGAUGCAUAUCGUCAGAGCAAAGCCAUCGCGACAAGGCGAGUGAUGGCAGCAAACGUCGGCGAUGGGACCGGGCCCGGCAACCUCAAGACUGUGUCUCUGGUUUUGGGGCACAUGUAUGGAGUCCGUGACUCUCAGCUUACACGGGCUGUGCUCGACAGUUACGCCUCGGAGGGCGUGCCGCUGGUGAUGAUCGGCAAGGGAGAGAACAUGAUCAGCGUCGUGUCUUCCAAGAACGCGGCGACGGCGCACCUACUCGCCGCGAAAGCCCUCAUCGACCCGUCGCGUGCCAACGGCCAAGUCGCGGGGGAGACGUUCAACGUGGUCGAGGACCCGCCCAUCUUGUUCUGGCACCACAUGCGGACGCUCUGGAAAGCGGCGAGGGGAGAGGCCGCAGUGAAGCAAGCCUGGACGAUACCAGGAUGGGUGAUGGAGUUGGUUGCCUUUUGCGUCGAAUGGGUUCUUCGCGUCUUUACGCUUGGAUACGUGAGGCCGCCGACCGUGUUGAGUAGUACUUCGGUAAGCUAUGUUUUGUACUCUCACACCUAUGACUCUCGCAAGCUUAGGGAUGUGCUUGGAUUCCAUCCCAAGUCCUCAGAUCACGACAGGAUCAUUGAUGAGGCGGUCAAGUGGGAGUUCCAGAGGAGGGAAGAGCUGAAAGGGAGGAAACAAGAGUAG